CCUAACAUUCAAUGGUUGUAAGGAAUGAAAGGUUUGGAAUUCAGUUACCCGCCAAGGCAGCUGGUCAGCUGAAUUUGAAGGACCAACAACUACCAGUCUUCUCUUAUCAUCAUACUUACUUCCCUUCCUCUUCUUUUAUUCCUACAUCUAUGCCUAUUCUCCUCCCUGUUCCUCUUCUUCAUCCUCAUUCCUCAUGUUUAUGCCCAUCAAUUUUCUCAAUCUCCCUGCAUCCGUGGCAUGUGGUUAAUCCCUGCUGGUUUUUCGGCAUUCUAUGCCCUCAAUCUGAAAUUGGAGGCGCUGAGGGUCUUUCGAUUUGGGGCUGAAGGUUUCCAGCUCUUGUGUGUCUGUUCAUGGUUUCUCCAGGAAGCUGCCACAAAGCUCUGAGACUCGUAACAAGGUGGUUUAAGAGGAAUAGGACUGAAAGAAGUAAAGAGGCUUACAAGUAUGUCUACAGCAAUAGAGGGAUUGGGUCAAGAAAAGCUCCAUUUCCGCGUCCUGACCUCCCCUGUUCAAGAUGAUCAAAUUGCAUGGUACUACGCCAUUUCCUUUGUGGCUCGUUUGGUUGCCUAUGUUUCAACUUUAGGGUUACUGGUGAUUUUCAUAUUCCUAAUCUUGAAAUACUUUGGAGACUUUGGGAGCGAGACGACGACAUUCGAGGAAGAAGUGAGGGAGACAGAGACCAACCCAUUACUACCAAGCAAGAGAGUUCCAUUCACUUACGGAGCAUGUGAAGAAGACUUGGAGUCCGGAGAAGGCAAUGGUGGUUCGUCACAGGACUUGUAUGAUGGCAAAAUAUGUGUAAUUUGCUUUGAUGAGCCUCGGAAUUGUUUCUUUGUUCCUUGCGGGCACUGCGCCACCUGCUAUGUCUGUGCCCAGAGGAUUGCCAAGGGUGAUAACAGCGUAUGCCCUGUGUGCCGACGAUUCAUUCGGAAAGUGAGAAAAUUCAUUGUGCAGUAGAGGCUGUAGAGCUACAUCAUUUCACAAUACAGGCUUUGUCUUCCCAACCCACAAACAAAAAAACAAAAAGGGUAAAUGAUUGAGGAGGGGAUGAAGCUGCUGAGGGUGAGUUGAUUGAGUUUUUGAGGUACUAUUUUUUUUGGGAACAAGGCCCGGCUCGUUUUAUUGGUUCCAAUAAUUUUUCUUUGGAGGGGUUGUGUGGGAUGGUAUAAAAUAGUGGUUUCAUUUUGGUCGUUUGAUAUACAUGUUGAUUCCAUUUUCAACCAUUUAAUUAUCAAAUUUUUUUCUGAUGAGCCAUAA